GUAGUUUCAGGAUGGAAUCGUCGAUGAGAAAGCUCCUGCCAAGCCCGCAUCGCCGGACUGGGCUUCUCAAGGAUCAGCUCCAACUUGUGCCGAGAAAGGGCGAUGGCGGGCGCGAGGAUCGCUAUGAGAUUGCGCCAAUCUCCGACCCCCUCUCCUUCGACAAGGGCUUCUUUCUCUUCAUCCGGGCGUGUCAGCUCCUCACGCGCAAGAUGGAAGGAGUGACAAUUGUGGUGGGAGUUGCCGGCCCCUCGGGCGCUGGUAAGACCGUCUUCACGGACAAGGUCGCGAGCUUCUUGCCCGGGAUUGCGAUCAUUUGCAUGGACAACUACAACGAUUCAAGCCUUGUCAUCGACGGGAACUACGAUGAUCCCAGGAUCGUGGACUACGAAAUUCUGCUUGACAACAUCAAGAGCUUGAGAGCUGGGAACUCUGCCGACAUUCCGAUAUAUGAUUUCAAGCUCAGUCGUCGAGUUGGCUAUAGGCGUCUGGAGCAUCCAUCGACGAGAAUUGUGAUCGUGGAAGGGAUAUAUGCUUUGUGUGAGAAGCUACGUCCAUUCCUGGAUCUGCGAGUCUCUAUAACCGGAGGAGUCCAUUUUGAUCUCGUCAAGCGGGUUCUCCGUGAUAUCAAUCGCUCCGGCCAAGCUCCGGAAGACAUCAUCCACCAGAUAUCAGAAACGGUGAUUUUGUAUGUUCUUGUGAACAGCAGUGGUUUCAUAAUUCUCUCUUUUUCAUCUCUUUGUUGUUUUUCGCACUUAACUUUGUGUCGUUGCCAGGUUUAUCCCAUGUACAAGGUGUUCAUAGAGCCGGAUCUAGCAACAGCACACAUCAAAGUAGUCAACAAGUUUAAUCCUUUCUUGGGAUUUCAGAGUCCAACUUACAUCCUAACGUCUUCUCGUCAUGUCACGGAAGAAGAGAUCAAAGCUGCCAUUGGCUCCAAGUUCACUGAAGCAACAGAAGAUACUUACGAUAUCUAUCUCUUGCCUCCAGGCGAAGACCUGGAAACCUGCCAGUCUUAUCUUCGCAUGAGAAAUCGCGAUGGAAGAUACAGUUUGAUCUUCGAGGAACUUGUGACCGAUGAGGAUUUUAUCAUCUCGCCAAGGAUCACUUUUGACGUGAGCGUGAGGCUCUUGGGAGGCCUCAUGGCUCUUGGAUACGAGAUGGCCACCAUUAUGAAGCGGUCGAGCCGGGUGUUUUGUGACGAGACUGAGAAGAUCGUCGUCAAGAUUGACAAGCUCGAGCAAGUCCAGCGAAAGUAUGUCCAGAUACAAGGCAAAGAUCGAUCGCUCGUCGCGGAUAUCGGGAAGAAGCUGGGGCUCGAAGGCUCGUACAUUCCACGCUCUUAUAUAGAACAAAUACAACUGGAGAAACUCACUGCCGAAGUAGUGGCAUUGCCGGAGGACCUCAAGAACAAAUUAAGCUUGCAAACUACCACUGUUCCGGAAAGUCCAGUUUCAUCCAAAACUUAUAGCAGAAGCUUGAGCUGGAAUACCUCGAGGUUUGUCAUUUUGUUUUUCUUCCGAUCUCCAAAACACUCGAUUCACAGAGUUAAGUGUUUGAUUCGGUGGUGUCGCCCGACGGUCUCUACGCGCGCAACCGGGUGAUCGAGAUGUUUGGGCGCUCCGGUGGCCCGAUUGACGCGCAGGUGGUCUUCGAAUCGAUGACUGCUAAGAACCUCUUCUCGUGGGUUCUCAUGAUCACGACGUAUGCAAGGAAUGGUUGGCUCGAGAGCUCCAGGUCCAUCUUCAAUGCGAUGCCCCAGCGGAAUCUCGUGGCAUGGAAUGUUAUCGUGGCGUCGUAUGCCUCGAAUGGGCAUCUGGAUGGUUCUUAGAGGCUUUUUAAUGAGAUGCCCGAGCGGAACUUGGUUUCCUGGACAUCGAUUCUUGUCACGUACUCGCAAAGCGGGUGUUACAACACGGCUAGGCGAGUGUUUGAUGAGAUGCCGCAGAGGAAUUUGAUCUCCUGGACCUCUAUGCUUGCAGCAAAUGCCAGGAGUGGGUAUCUGGAAGAAGCCGAAAGAAUAUUUAGUACCAUGCCCCAGUUGGAUGUGAUAGCUUGGAAUUGUCUCCUCGCUGUGUAUUGCCAAAAUCAUGAUGUUGAGAACGCAAAGACAUUUGUUAGGACUAUGGUGGAGUGGGACAUUACUUCGUGUAAUAUAAUGCUUUUGCUAUAUGCCCAAGAAGGGCAUUUUUGUAA